UUUCUUCAUGUGUAUACUUUUAGUUUUUUUUUUUUGCAAUUUAUUUGUUAAAAAAAAAUCCGAAAAUUUGUAACUGUCUGCUAACUUCAGGAUCGUUUUAAUUUCCGGAUCGAUGAUACUGAAGUUAGCGACGGCUAAUAAUUUUUGUAUUUUUUUUUUAAGACGACAAAUUAAAAAAAAAACAAUAUUUAAAAAAAUUACACUUAUAGAUUUUUUAAUUUUCUACAUGUGCAUAUUUUUAGUUUUUUUUUUUUUUUUUUUUUUUAAUUAAAUUAUUAAAAAAAAGUCGAUAAUUGUCAAUUGUCUGCUAACUUCAGGAUAUUUUAUUUAAAAAUCAAACAUGGACGACAAAAAUCUAGAUUUUAAAAAAGCUAUCGAAUCAAUGGAUAAAGAUAUUGAUUUAUAUAAUUUAAAAAUACAAGAAAAUCAAAGAAAACGUUUGGAAAUCGAACAAUCGAUUUGUGAAAUCGAUAUGUUGAUUGAGAAAGCAAAAAGAAUUAUUGAAAGCAAUAACAAAAAAAACGAAGACUACUGGAUACGAACUCGUGAUAUUGAUAAUCAUUAUAAAAUUAUGAGUAAAUUUCUAUCUGAUGCUAAAGUUAAUGAAUCUGUUGACAAUUUACUUUCGAAAGUUGGGAAUUUAAUGGCAGAUAAAAUUAAUUACGAAAGUGAAUUUAAUAAAAUAAAAUAUUCAGUCUCUGACUUACAAAAGAAAAAAGAAGCUCUCUGGCAACUCAAGAAUAAAUUCAAUAGAUUAGAAGAAUGUAGUAAAGAAAUAUUAUCUCAGCUCGAAGAAUUUAAAUCUGCGUGAGUGGGAUUCAAAAUGAUUUAAACAAAC